AUGCGUAUGUUAUGGACUACGAAGUUCAGCCAUGGAUUGUCUAGGGCAGUGCUAGGAUGCUGUAGAUAUAGCAGUGUACCUGUUCUUCGGGAUUAUCAGCAGGAAUGUAUCGAUCAAUGUGUGGAUGCGGUGACACGCCAGGGAAAGAAGCGAAUCGGUGUUUCGCUAGCUACUGGUGGAGGUAAGACGGUGAUCUUUUCGAAUCUUUUGGACAGGUUCAGGGGAUUGGAAGGGGGGAAUGCGUCACGGACGGCACUUAUUCUUGUGCAUAGGAGGGAAUUAGCUAUGCAGGCAGCCAGUACCAUCUCGAAAUUCAUGCCUGAUCUGAAAGUGCAUAUGGAGAUGGGGAAAAUGCGGGCCAAUUUGGAAGAUGCCGAUGUAGUUAUUGGGUCGGUUUUAACGAUGGUUCGAAGGCUUGAGGCGUAUCCACGGGAUAGUAUUGAUUUGAUUGUGAUAGACGAGGCUCAUCAUGCUGUGGCAGAUUCCUACUUGAAGAUCUUGGCUCAUUUCAACGCAGACACGGCUGAUACAAAGGUUCCGGUUAUUGGGUUCAGUGCGACGUUUGAGAGGGCUGACAAAAGAGCGCUUUCAGCGGUAAUGGACGAAAUUAUAUACCACAAGGGAAUACUAGAGAUGAUAGAUGAUAACUGGCUAUGUGAAGGCAAGUUCACUACGGUGGAUAUUGGGGCGGACUUAUCGAAAGUCAAGAGCGUCAAUUCCGAUUUCCAACUCGAAGGGCUUUCGAAAGUGAUGAACACAGAGGAGAUUAACAAGUUGGUGUUGCAGACCUAUUUGCAUAAACGGAAGAUACAUGACUUGAAAUCGACGCUGCUUUUUGCUGUGGACGUUGCACACUGCAAGGCUUUAUUUGAAACCUUCCAAAACGCAGGAAUUGAUGCGCAGUACGUCACCGGUAAAACACGGACCAGUGAAAGAGAUGCGAUCGUGUCAGAUUUUAAAUCUGGCAAGAUCUCAGUGUUGAUUAACUGCGGUAUAUUCACGGAGGGAACGGAUAUCCCAAAUGUCGACUGUAUUCUUCUUUGUCGGCCUACUAAAUCGAGAAGCUUGUUAGUUCAGAUGAUAGGCAGAGGUCUACGGAAACACCAUAGCAAGGAGCAUUGUCAAAUAAUUGAUUUCGUUUCAUCUUCAAAGGUGGGCGUUGUGUCUGUGCCUACAUUGAUGGGUGUCGACGGUUACGAUGACAAUCUCGACGAAUCUACAAUGGAAGAGAUAAACAAGAUGAAAGAGGAGUUGGAGGCCAAACAAUUGGCACUUGAUAUGGAAAAACAGAGGAAAGAUGAUGAGGAAAGGCGUUUAAGGGAUCGCUACGACAAACAUUUGUUAGAAACUGACACGAUCGAGCUUACAUUAACAAACUUUGAAAACUUCAAAUCAUUUUGCGAGAGUAUGAUGGAAGAAGACUAUUCAAAACUACCUCCAUCGGUCAAAGAGGCGAAGCUAUUUUCCCAGUCCAAGUUCCCGUGGGUCCUUGUAUCGAAAAACUCAUGGUGUUUCCCUUUGCUAACUGGGAGACACAUAAGAGUAGAAAAGGAAACGACAGAAACUAAGGAAAAUAUAUACAAGGCCAAGUUUUACAGAAGAAUAUAUCCCGAUAAAACGUCUGGUGUGGCUUACGCUCCAUACCAUGUAGUGGAUAUAUUUUCGUCUCCUGACCUAAUGCAAGUGCUGAAUACGGUGGAAUCGUUUGUGUCAAAAAUCUCCUCCAGCUCCAGUAGAGCAUUCACCAAGUUCCCGCAAUGGAGAAAAGAACAAGCAACAAUCAAGCAAAAAAAUAUCGUGAAACGAUACUUCGAAAACGUUAUCAAGGAUGACGACAAAUACGAUGCGAUGAAACCGUUCGUAGAUGUAUAUGUUGACAAUAUGACUAAAGGUGAGGCAUCGUCGCUACUAUUUGCUACUAAGCUAGCACCAAAAUACCCAAUCAAGCGCAUUCUAAAGUUGUUAUCAUGGAGAAAUUCUGAGCAGAAGCAACGAAAGAUAGGCUAA